AUGGCGCCCAAGUACGUGCCCACGAAUUCCCUCUUGCGGAGCCUCAAUCACGCUCUGCGAGAACAACGUAAAUGCUCCUCCUCCUCCACGUCCCACUUUGCCCCGAGAACAACCAGGUCCGCGGCCACGUUCACCCACCGACGGCAUGCUCAAGCCAUCUCCGUCCUCCCGACCGCGGUGGACAAGUCCAGUCCCGACUUUAAAGACAAUGCCGCCCAGUUGGGCGAGGCCAUGAACAAAUACGCAACCCUGCACCAGAAGAUCUCCCAAGGGGGCCCCGACAAGGCACGGCAAAAGCAUAUCCAAAGGGGUAAAAUGCUGGCAAGAGAUCGCAUAACAGCUCUCAUCGACCCCGGUAGCCCAUUCAUGGAACUCUCGCCUCUGGCCGCCCACGAGGUCUACGAGGACGAAGUCCCCGCCGCGGGCGUCAUCGCCGGCAUCGGCACUGUCGAGGGCGUGACGUGCAUGAUCGUGGCCAACGAUGCCACGGUCAAGGGCGGGACGUACUAUCCCUUGACUGUCAAGAAACACCUGAGAGCGCAAGAAAUCGCCCAGCAGAACAAGUUGCCGUGCAUAUACCUCGUCGAUUCCGGGGGCGCAAAUUUACCGAACCAAGCCAACGUCUUCCCGGAUCGGGAUCACUUUGGACGCAUCUUCUUCAACCAAGCGAGGAUGAGCAGCAUGGGCAUCCCCCAGAUUGCUGUGGUGAUGGGCCCUUGCACCGCUGGCGGCGCAUACGUCCCAGCCAUGUGCGACGAAUCCAUCAUCGUUGAGAAACAAGGCACUAUUUUCCUGGCGGGUCCGCCACUGGUGAAAGCGGCCACCGGAGAAGUCGUCUCCGCUGAAGACCUGGGCGGCGGCUCCUUGCACAGCUCCGUUUCUGGCGUCACCGAUUAUCUCGCUGUGGACGACGCUCACGCAAUAGUUCUUGCCCGCCGCUCCAUCUCCAACCUCAAUUACCCCCAAGAACAGCCUCCCGUGAACCCCGGGGAGAUUCGCGAACCCCUGUACGACCCGUCCGAGCUUGCCGGAAUCGUCGGCACGAACCUGCGCAAACAGAUUCCCAUGCACGAAAUCAUCGCCCGCAUCGUCGACGGGAGCGAAUUCGCUGAGUUCAAGAAGGACUACGGCACCACUCUGCUGACAGGGUUCGCGAGAAUUCACGGGUACCAGGUGGGCAUCAUCGCCAACAACGGCAUCUUGUUCUCCGAGUCCAGCCUGAAGGGCGCCCACUUCAUCGAACUGUGCUGCCAGCGCAACAUCCCGCUGGUGUUCCUCCAGAAUAUCUCCGGGUUCAUGGUCGGCGCGGACGCCGAGCGGGGCGGCAUCGCAAAGAACGGGGCCAAGCUGGUCACCGCGGUGGCGUGCGCCGACGUGCCCAAGUUCACCGUGGUCGUGGGCUCGUCCGCCGGCGCCGGCAACUACGGCAUGUGUGGCCGCGCCUACUCGCCGCGGUUCCUGUGGAUGUGGCCCAACGCGAAGAUCGGCGUCAUGGGGCCCGACCAGCUGACCGCCGUCAUGGAGACCGUGGGCAAGAGCGUCGACGUCGGCCUGCGCGACCGCAUCGAGCGCGAAAGCGACGCGUGCUUCUCCAGCGCGCGCCUGUGGGACGACGGCGUCAUCCAUCCCGCCCAGACCAGGAGCAUGUUGGCCAUGGGGUUGAAGGUGGCGCUGGGCGGCAAGGUUGACGACGACAAGCCCACGAAAUUCGGCGUCUUCAGGAUGUAG